CUCCGUAGUGCUUGUCACUUCACCUGGAAGCACACACUGUGUAAAGUACGACCAUCGGCCGACGGGGCUCAUCACCCCACUCGGUUCUCAAUCUCACUCACUGUCUCACUCACUCACUUGCGGCUCACGGUUCCGAUGAUAGGCUCAUGACACUACCGCUCGAAAUGGAGCAGCCACGCACGAUUCUAAUCGGCAUCAGCGGCUGUUCGUCGAGCGGCAAGACGACUCUCGCACGACUGCUCCGCGACAUCUUCCCCGAGACCUUCAUUCUCCAUGAAGAUGACUUCUAUAAGCCAGAGUCGGAACUUCCGAUUAAGGAUGGCCUCCUCGACUGGGACUGCCCGGAAGCGAUCUCCAUCCCGGACCUUGAAGCCGCCCUCACCCACAUCCGCGAGACGGGCUCAUCACCAGUCAGUAGCAUCGUGCCCAACACCACUACUACCCCAUCCUCCGACACCAACCCCUGCUCGUCCACAUCGCGCCUCUCCCAUCGCAGUGGCCACGGCUGCACCUCCUCUCCUCUCCCCCUACCACCACCACCAUCCUCACCACGAACUCCCCUCGCAUCCUCCUCCUCCUCCUUUACCUCAUUGCCCUCCUCGGGAAAAUCAUCAUCGUCAAGAAGUUCGCUCACCACAACAAUGCCCGCCCGACGAAUACAGGCCUCCCUCAUCUCCAAGGAAGACCAGAAUUCCGUCGGCCCGAGCCCAAUAAGCCCCUCCCGGCUGGCACACUGCACCGCCAAAGUCCGCGCCUGGCUUGCCCCAGGCCAACCGGGCUCUCUCAUCUUCUCCUCUCCCCCUCCACCACCACGAUCAUCAGCAGGUGAAAGCAACGAGAAUGAUUCACAACCCACCCCUCAAAACCAGGACGACAACGAAGAAGAGAAGAAGAAGAAGAAGAACAGGAACAAGAAAAAUACGCGCCUGUGCAUCCUAGACGGCUUCCUCCUCUUCUCCCCGCAGCCGCAACCCCUCUGCCGCGUGACCUCGCUGCUGGACAUCAAGCUCUUCCUACAGGUGAGCAAACAAAAGGCGCUGCAGCGGCGCGAGGCGCGCGACGGCUAUGUCACGCUGGAAGGAUUCUGGAAGGACCCUCCGGGCUACGUGGAGAAGAUUGUGUGGCCCAACUAUGCGGCGGCGCAUCGCUGGAUGUUUGUCGAGGGGGUCGUGGAGGGCGGCAGGUUGGAUGAGGGUGUUUUGAGGCGCGAGGGGAUUCGGGCAAUGGCUGCGAAUCAAGGGAAGGAGGAUGCUGAGUUUGGGGAGAUGCUGGAGUGGGCUGUGCAGGUUGUUAUGGACGAGUUGGAGAGGAUUUGUUUGGGUGGGGAGAAAGGGGUGGAUGGGGCCCGAGGUGACGGAGAUGCGAAGUGAGACGACUCGGUAUGAAGUUUGGGCGGAGGGCGGCAUGAUGUUAGGGGCUAGCCCUGCUAUGCUGACCUUUGAAGUUUCUCAAGCCAGUGUGAAACGCGGAAGGUGAACGAUGAAAAGUACACUCAAGCGUUCUUAGUAUGUCGGCCUUUCGAUGCACAUAUCCAUCUCCAUGUUAUCAUUCCA